GCUCAAUUGGGGGAGUCGACCACUACUUAUAAGAUGCUGGAGCGGCUGGUUAAUGUCGACCAUCGUGGUUCGGCAGAGGCGCUUUGGUUCGAGAACAAGACAUGGACCUAUAGCCAAUUGAAGGAUCUUGUCGACAGAUUUGCUGCUCUGCUUCGUGAGAGAGACAUCAACACAGGAGACUUUGUUGGUGUUUACAUGACAAAUUCCCCCGAGAUGGUGGUGACGAUCUACGCACUCGCCAAGUUGGGCGUCGUGGCUGCCCUCAUCAACACUAAUCUACGUGACGAUACCUUUAUUCAUUGUCUUAACGUCUCUGGCGCCAAAUCGAUCAUCUCGACUCCAGAUUUGUCAAAGUUUGUCUGCGCCGAUCUUCCUCAUCUUGCAUUCAGCAUUUCAUCAUUUGAUGGAAUCUCUACUGAAGAUGUAGAGCUUGUCACACCAACAGAUUUACAACAAUAUUCUCCCUCGGGAUUGGCUGCUGCCAAGAGGGCUCCUAACGACCUGGCCGCGCUCAUCUACACAUCGGGGACAACAGGAAAGCCCAAGGCGUGUGCUGUUCGCAACAUAAUGGCCCUUGUUACUUCCAAUCCCAACAGCGUCGAUGUCAAAAACCCAUCCAAAUACUACCCACUUCGCACCUAUUCCUCCCUUCCUUUGUUCCAUGGUACUGCAUACUUUACGGGUCUUUGCUAUUCUCUUGGCAAUGCGGGUACCCUCUGUCUACGCCGCAAGUUCUCUGCAUCUCAGUUCUGGAAAGACGUUCACGACUCAAAAGCCACCCGCAUUCUGUAUAUUGGUGAAUUGUGUCGUUAUUUGUUGGCAACACCGCCAUCCCCCUAUGACCGGGAUCAUGCGUGCAUUGUGGCGACAGGCAAUGGACUACGAGAAGAAAUCUGGGAGCGAUUCCGUCAACGAUUUGGAGUUCCUGAGAUUCGGGAAUUCUAUCGGUCAACCGAAGGUGUGGCUAAAUUUGACAACCAUGGCGAGACCGCCUGGGGUGUAGGAAAGAUUGGAUUCUCCGGUCCCAUCCGACGAUUCCUCGAAGACGAUGUGUUUAUCGUCAAGUAUGACAACGACACAGAGAUGCCUUACCGGGACCCAAGUACAGGUUUCUGUGUUAAGGCCAGACUAGGAGAGGAAGGAGAGGCAAUCGGAAGGGUCCGAAACCGUGGUCUACUGACUGAGUAUCUCCACAACGAAGAUGCAACCGAGAAAAAACUGCUUCGAGACGUGUUCCAAAAAGGUGACUUAUUCCAGCGCACAGGUGAUCUUGUUGUCCGAGACUAUUCCGGUUGGGUGAAGUUCCAGGAUCGCGUUGGAGAUACGUUCCGUUGGAAGGGAGAGAAUGUGAGUGCGGGAGAAAUCAGAGAUCAUAUCUGCAAGAUCCCUGCGGUUCAUGAUGCAGUUGUAUAUGGCGUGAAGCUGAGCGGAUACGAUGGUCAAGCUGGUGCCGCUGGUAUCACCCUUGAAGACCAGUCUUCUGCAACAGAAAGUGAAUUCAUGUCCAACCUUUACCGUGAACUCAAGAAGAAGGGUGUUCCAUCAUACGCAUUUCCGCAACUCGUCCGACUGACUGAGAAGGUGGACACAGGUGUAACCUUCAAGCAAGCCAAGGGUGACCUGGUGAAGAAGGGAUGGGAUCCUCGUGUCGACACAGGGGACAAGUUGUUUUGGUUGAAUGGAACACAGUAUGAGAAACUCGAUCAGUCAGACUGGUCAUCGAUAGAAAGUGGGCAGGCAAAGCUGUGACAUCUGUUAGACCUGUUUGUAUAUUAGCGAGAGUGGGCAUAUUAUAUAUUUCCAUUAGACAAGACAAUAUAUUGAUCAUUUCGGAUUUUCUUUGCAGCGA